AUGGAUCCCAUCCCUUUGGCAGAACUGGCCCCUUCCACUGAUACCAAUACGAGCGUCAAUGUCCCUGCUCGACACUCCGCAUCAAGUGCAGAAGGACAGGAGGCAGGCAACCACUCGGUCGCCCAAGACGGACCCCCCAUUGCACCACCCCCUGAUCGCGGCUGGUCUGCUUGGCUCGCUGUCAUCAGCGGCUUCAUCCAACUUUGGGCCAGCUUUGGCAUCCUGAACUCUUGGGGCUCCUUUCAAGCCGUCUAUGUCAAUGAACCAUGGAGCAAGGAUGUCAAGCUGCAAGAUAUUGGCUGGAUCGGCAGUGUUCAACCAGGACUGCUGUUCGUCCUCGGAGGUGUUGCUGGCUAUGCUUCCGACCGUCUCAGCGCAACUGUACUGAUGGUGCUUGGGACCUGCAUCUUUUCCGCGGCCUUCCUGUUGCUCGCUGAGUUUGGGGCCAGUUUGGGUACCUACAUUGCACUUCAGGGCUUUCUCUACGCCCUAGCCAACACGCUCCUCUACUAUCCCAUCCUGAGCGUGGUCUCGACCUGGUUCGACCGUCGACGCGGUCUGUCUUUGGGAAUUGUGGCCUCUGGGUCGUCCCUCGGUGGCAUCUUCUGGCCUCUGGUCGUGGACGCGCUCAACGAGGCCUUUGGUCUCAAGCGCACCUUGCAAGCCGUUGGUCUCAUGCCCCUGGUUCCGCUAUUCAUCGCCUCGUUUAUGAUCAAGGAACGCUUCCCAGACACCAAAAUCACUCUUCUCCGAGCCUUUCAACGCCUCACCCAGUGCUUUACAAAUGCCGAAAACAAGUCUCAGAGGAACACCACGAACACCGUAUUCGCAACAGUAUCUGCCACUACGGGAACCACAACCCGGGGAACUUUCGACUCGAUCAGAGACCCUUCCUACAUCGCCCUCAGCAUUGCUCUGUUCUUCAUCUACGGAGGGAUGCUCAUCCCGUUCAACCUCAUUCCCGUAUUCGCGGAAGAGAAUCACCACCCAGACGUGGCUCAUGUCCUUCUCGCCAUUUGCUACUCAGGCUCUGUCGUCGGUCGUAUCGGCACGGGCACCCUGGCUGACUACUUUGGAACGUUCAACAUGCUGUGCCUGAUGGCCGUCCUCACCGCUGCGCUGACGGCCUGCUGGGUGACCAUGACAUCUCUGCCGGCCAUGAUUGCAUUUGCGGUCCUCUACGGUCUCUUCUCGGGUGGUCUCAUCCCACUUGGGUCGGCAUGCGUAGCCAAGAUCACACCGCCCGAGCAAAUUGGACAGAUUGGCCUGCGUCUUGGGUUCACGAUGAUGGUUUGCUCUCUUAGCGCUUUCGGAGGCGGACCACUCAGCAACUUCCUCCUCGACGGCACGGGAGAGAAUGGAUGGCUUGCCGCGUCUUUGUUCUCCGGCAUAGCGACUCUUGUGGGAGGAGGCAUCAUCUUUGUCAUUCUGGUGUCGAGGAUGGUUAGAGGUGGCCAGAGAUACAACUUUUAA